GUGUUCUUCUUCACUGUGGCUUAGCCAUGGACCUCUCACCAUUUCCAGUAAAUCAUCAAGCUUUCCCAACAUCUGCACGUUCUCUUUACUUUCUGCUUUUGCAGGCCCGAACCCACUUUCCAAAUAAUAGUUUCAGAGCUCUCAAAUUCAAACCUUCUUGUUGUUCUCAUCAAACAAUAAAGGUUGGUGUUGAGAUAACUAGGAAGAGGAAGCCCAAGCCAAGUUUUUUGGAUCAAAUUAAGGAUAAAUGGUCUCUAAAACCAAUCACUUCCACAAGAGAGAAGUUUCCAUGGCAAGAACAAGAGGAACUUGAAGAAGAAGAAGAAGAAGUGGAAAGAGAGCAGUCUUUUAGCGGGCCCAUAUCUAAGUCAGAAAGUGAUGAGGACCCACAAGUUGAAGGGAGUGACCCAGUGAGGUCCUCUUUACCGAGUCGGGUAAUUUCUGCUCCUUGGUCUCAUGGAAGCGAAUUCAAUGAACCCCAUUUUGAUUUUGUGCCUGAAAUUUCAAAUUUUGAGUCUAAAAUAGGAGAUAGUUUUGCUAGUAAGAAAACAAUUGAGUUUCCAGGAGGAAACAAGGCUGAAGUUGUUGGUGGCCUAAUUGAAAAAUCAGAAUCUUUAAAUGAGGAAGUUAACAUAAAUAAGAAAAAAAUUGGAUUACCAGUUGAAAACGAGGUUGCAGCAGCUGACGGCUUGAACGAUGUAGUUUCUUCCAGAGAGAAUGUCGAGGUUUCUACUAGUGAUGAUGAGGGUGGUUCAGUUGAAAGAGGAUAGCGGGAAAGUAAGAAGAGGAGCAACACAGUGAUGGUGGACAAAAUGAUACCGGAGCAUGAAUUGCGCAGGCUAAGGAAUGUUGCAUUGAGGAUGGUGGAGAGAACAAAAGUUGGAAUUGCAGGGAUCACGCAGGCCUUAGUGGAGUACAUUCAUGAGAGAUGGAAGAUGGAUGAGGUGGUUAAGUUGAAGUUUGGGCCUCUUUCUCUUAACAUGAAAAGAACACAUGAGAUUAUGGAGAAAAGAACUGGGGGAUUGGUUAUAUGGAGAUCAGGCAGCUCAUUGGUGUUGUACAGGGGGAUGGCCUACAAACUUCAUUGUGUUCAAUCAUAUACCAGUCAGAAUAAGGUUGAUAUGAAUGCUUUGGAUUGUUCAAAUAAUGUUGAAUCUGAUACCACCCAAAAUAUAGUAGUUAAAGAAUCUGUUAGGACCAUGGAGUCCUUCAUGCCUUCUUCUUCAGAGUAUUUAACUGAUUUGUCUAAAGAAGAGCUCAUGGAUUUGUGUGAACUCAACCAUUUGUUAGAUGAAUUAGGUCCACGGUAUAAAGAUUGGUCAGGUCGUGAACCAUUGCCUGUUGAUGCUGACCUGCUUCCUCCUGUUGUUCCUGGAUAUCAACCCCCAUUCAGACGUCUUCCUUAUGGGAUAAGACAUUGUUUAAGGGACCGUGAAAUGACUUCUUUCCGUAGGCUUGCAAGGACGGUGCCUCCACAUUUUGCUUUAGGAAGAAACAGGGAACUGCAAGGCCUGGCACAGGCUAUGGUGAAGCUAUGGGAAAGAAGUGCUAUUGCAAAGAUAGCCAUCAAACGUGGAGUGCAAAAUACACGCAAUGAAAGAAUGGCUGAAGAACUCAAGCAAUUGACAGGGGGGACACUGCUUUCCAGAAACAAGGAAUUUAUUGUCUUUUACAGGGGCAGUGACUUCUUGCCACCUGUUGUAACAAAGACAUUGAAAGAGAGGCAAAAAUCAAGAAAUCUUCAACAAGAGGAGGAAGAGAAAGCACGAGAGAGGGCCCUGGCCUUGGUUGGAUCUAAUGCCAAAGCUUCUAAACUUCCUUUGGUUGCUGGCACCCUUGCAGAAACCACUGCUGCAACGUCUCGCUGGGGGCACCAACCAAGUGUUGAAGAGGUGGAGGAAAUGAAGAAAAACUCAGCUUUGACUCAACAGGCUUCACUAGUCAGAUAUCUUGAGAAGAAACUAACUCUUGCUAAUGGGAAGCUGAGAAAGGCCAAUAAAGCUUUGGCUAAAAUGCAGCAGCAUCUGGAACCAGCAGAUCUCCCAACCGAUUUGGAAACUUUGAGUGGGGAGGAAAGAAUUUUAUUUCAUAAGAUUGGUCUGAGUAUGAAACCCUACUUGCUUUUGGGAAGACGAGGUGUUUAUGAUGGGACAAUAGAAAACAUGCACCUGCAUUGGAAAUAUCGUGACUUGGUAAAGAUAGUUGUCAAAGGAGAAAGUUUUGCACAAGUCAAGCAUAUUGCAAUUUCAUUGGAGGCUGAGAGUGGUGGGUUGCUAGUAUCUUUAGAUAAAACUACCAAAGGCUAUGCAAUUAUUAUCUAUCGAGGGAAAAACUACAUGCGUCCUUCUGUAUUGAGGCCCAAGAAUUUGUUGACAAGAAGACAGGCAUUAGCUCAGUCAGUUGAACUUCAGAGACGUGAGGCACUGAAGCAUCACGUCUUGGACUUACAGGAAAAAAUUGAGUUAAUGAAAUCAGAACUGGAAGAAAUGAAAACUCAGAAGGAGAUUGAUGUAGAAAAAACUUGAUACUCAAGGUUGAAUGAAGCUCCACUUUUUGAUGAGGAUAUUGAAGAGGACUAAUGGGAAGCGCAUCUAGAAACAUGACAGUAGCAAUGAUGAUGGUCAUGAGCAAAAGGAGCUUAUGUGCAUAUAAUAGUUUGUCCACCAGAUUGGAGCACGGAGUACCAGCAACAGCAGAUGUUUAAAAGGAAAGACAAAUAAUUUAACAUUCCAGCCGGUGGGCAAGGGAAAGGUCAUCUAGCAAUGGAGAUCAUAGAAUUGUGAUUUGCCUUGGACGUUGUCCUGACAUUAUUUGGCAAAUGUCCUCUAAUGCAGCUAGUGUUAGGUUAGGAUUCACGGACAAAUUUUAGAAGCUUGUAGGUUCUUUCGCAUGAGCUGUAAAUACGAUAAUGUAGCAAAAGGUUCAUUUAUUUAUUUUCCUUCCA